UACCCCAAGAUUGCUGAUCUCAUUAAAAUUAACCUGGAGAAUGCCACUACGACGCCCCUCGUAGCCCACUACACCGGUUCGAGACGUCAAGCCAUACAAUUUUUAAAGAGCAAAAGCAAACGCAUAUUUCUUGGAGAAAUUUGGAGGACGCUCAAGCUUCGCCUUUAAGAGUGGAACGUGCUAAAUUUCAAAGGCUGCUUGUCACGCUUCCCGGCAACCGCAGCUUUCUUGUGGUUGCGCGGAGGCGAGCGCGAUAGCGUCGUUGCAAGGAACCGAGCGGGCCGCGCCGCUCGGAAAAGGGGUUUGUGUUUGAGUUUCUGCGUAACAGAAUUAUGUUUUCUGGUAUAUUCAAAUUGAACUCUGACGAUAUCAUGUCUGUAGGUUGCGUUUAGGUCGUACUUUACGAUUUUUCUGGCGUAUUUUACUUUGAGGAGUUCAAUGAGUUCAGUAACGCCUCCGCGCCACGCGGAGGGCCUGCGUGGUUGUGGUUCGGAAUGAUUUUACGGCAAGCGAUGUCCGACGCCGACAUUUGAUUUUUUUCCUUUUUCUUUUUUUGCUACGCAGGGCCCUUAACGCUAUCAUGUUAAUAUAUUCAUUGGAGGAAAAAGAAUCAAGCUCGAGGCCCUCAUGCUCACGCACCGCACGCCUGUUCGGUGCUCGCGCAGCUCAAGCAGGACGUGCGCAUUCGUUUUGCCGAGCCUUGCUUGCGUCGAGCAUUACAGCGUCCAGAUACACGCAGAAUGUCUUCGUCGCAGAAGGUCAGCUCGAGUUCCGUGAAGAAACACGCCUGUGCCGCGGCGAAGGAGGCUCCCGCGUGGACCGAUGCUUCGAGGAUACAGCUCGGCUCUGUCAAGAUCUGCUGCUUGCUGUUAGUCCUAACAGUAAUGACUGUGGCGCUGUACUUGGUCACAAUGCCACCUUCAGAUAGGCAGGAUCGCGCGAUAGCCACGCUGAUUGACGAGGACGACGAAGCAGUCAGCAAGGACAGGGGCAGCGUGAAGUUGCGGCCCGCGAUACGUAGUCCUCCGCCAGCCAGAGACGAGCGGCCGGCAUCGACCAGGCGCAUUUCCACCAUCGAGGCCGCGGAAUCCGAAACUAGCAGCGACGUCGGCGUGGCCGAUAAUGCAACGGAGCGGAUGGAUGCACCACAGAUUAUUAUCCAGGCGAAGCCGCAUGGCCCCUGCACGGAAAAGGCCCAGUUUGGCUUGUGCACGAAUGAGAACCACCACGAAUUUUUCUUUGACACCGAGAAGCGAAAGUGCCGUUCCAAAGCCCGGCAGCUGCCUCCCUCUUGCCUUGCUGGUCAGAACCGGUUCAAGUCCUUCAGAGAUUGCAGGCUCGCUUGCCUGGACCAGGUGCCCGAACAAAAGUGCACCGCUGAGCCGGUGUAUCAGAGGUGCACCGCAGAGGACAUCGCGCGGCAGUGGUGGUACCUCAAGGAUGGGAGGUGUCAUUCGUGGAAGUUCCCGAAUUCCAACUGCGUGUCGCCCAGGCUGGCACUGUUCGAGCGCCAGGAGGACUGCCACAACCUGUGCGUAGCGGGGAAGCCCAUCGCUCGACACCCGUCCUGCAGCGAGACGCCCGUGCAGCACGUCUGCACCGCGCUCCAUAUGGUCUACCCGGUGCUGGCUAGGUCCACCCACAAAAGGCUCACCUGCGUCCAGACUGACCACUCGGAACUGAAGUGCCUGACGGGGCCCAAUCGGUUCGAAACCAAGGAGGACUGCCAGAAAGCAUGCCUGCAGGCGUGACCUUCUUGCUACGUCCGACUUCACUGAUAAACUUUUUUGCGCGCUAAAGCUUUGAGCAUAUUGAACGAACUUUGACUGCCGAGUCUGUUGAUUUUAUACUUUAAUCUUCGUUUAUUUUUACGGGAGCUGACUGUCUAGGUUGCGCGUGUUCUGCAGCUGAGCCCAACCGGUAACUUGAACCGAUCGUUUUGGUUGCACAAGUAGAACUCGUUUGGCGCGGUGGCGCUCAGCGUAGCCACGUCGAUAGCAGUAGUGAGUUCGCUCACCCUACACUAAGGUGUAUUACGCGUAAUAAUGCGAGGGCUGUUUAGCGCAACACAUGAUUGAAGUGCACGUUGCCGGAUAGGCGAUUUGCCAUGAAUCCACGACGGUGAGAAUCGGUAAAUUCCAGAGAAAAUUCGAAGACUUUGCAAGUCUUCGUUUGAAGUAUUGUGGAACAGAAUGGCCAAAGUUCCAUGCAUCAUUGCAAUUCAUUAUUUCUGUAGCUUGGUUAACUGAAGAACAAUAUGAUUAAAGAACACCACCCGUGCCUGUACUGCACAAAAUCAUCUCGCGCCAUUUCCGUUGUCGCCUACCUCCCUGAACAUUUGCCGAUUUCAUCAAUACAUUUCUUUUAUAACCCCUUCUUGUAUUUCCCUUUUCCUAAAAUAACGAACACCGAUUUCCUGCUCUUGGUCUAUUCUCGGUCUAUUUUUUAUUCUCCAUUUGCUUUUCUCAAUUUAAGCUAUAGAAUACUAUUUUGUGUUUUCUUUCCAAUUCAGCAUGCCUUUUCGCUUACCAUUUGCAUUUUCAUUGUUCCUUGGGCUCAAGUCAAACGAGUCUGGUCAAAUAAUAAAGUUUAUUCUCUCU